CAUCGCAGUACUUGAAAUGCCGUACGAAAUAAGUAGACACCCUACAUAGCGACAUGUCUGAUCACGCCCGAAUAUGUGCCAUAUGUCCAAACCGCUUCCACAAAUGGCUUAGUCAGAGACUUCCACUUGGUCUCCAAGCAAGAUUAGAACUUGGAAAAAGUAAAGAAUUAGUUAGAAGGUCUAUAAUGGUAUUGCUCUAUGGGAGAGCUUAGAUUAUACCAAAAUAGAUUCCGGCCGUCCGGGGCAGCGGCUGGCUCUAAUUAAACUCAAUAUGAAAUAUCAGCAUUACAGCCCACUUUGUUUCUGCAGCGGCAUAAACUAUAGUUUUGGCAUCCUCAUAGAAUAGUCACAUUACAAGAAACCAGAAUAAUAUAGAAA